UUGUUUGUUAGCGAUAAAUAUUUUCUGUUAAGAUGAUUGAACUGAUUGGUGUAACUGAUUCACUGCAGAGACUAACAUUGUCAAAAGGUUGCAACAGUAAUAAUAAACAUUUGCUUUUACCCUGGCUGAUGUUCACAGGAAGCCCCAGAGCAGGAGCAGAUACUCAACAUAAUGAGUUACUCACAGCGCGGACGAAUGGAAGAACAGCGUUGUGCCUUAGGUCCUGUUACAACUCUGCAAAUCAAAGCUACAACUACAGGCUUAAACACUGAGAAGCAAAACUUUGAUGACCUGCAGGCGCCAUUGCCAGGGUUUAACAACCAGGGACUUGGAGGUCAUAAUCAUCAUGGCUCUACACCUCAGAUCUCUGUGAUAGAGAGUACCCCAGAUAGAAACAGGAAGCUUCUGCUUGCACCAGUCAACCAGUUACAGGUUCCCUCUCAGCAAGACCUCUCAAAUUCAAUCCAGACAGAGUCCUCUGAAGAAGAACAGAAGUUUAUAAAUAUGGUCAGCCAUGGCCAGCGUGGACGCAUGGACGACCAGCGCUGUUCCUUGAAUCCUAGCAGGAGUGCUCCCUGCACGCCCAAACACACAGACAAAAAGCCUGCAAGUACAUCAAAAACAGGCCCAGAUUCUGAUUUGUUCUUCAACCUCUUGGCCAACACCCAGAGCCGUCGGCUCGAUGACCAGCGAGUGUCGCUCCCAUCAUUACCAGGAUUACAAAAUGAUAAAGCCACAUCUAAUGCUGGAGGAGAUUCAAGCUACUUGUGUUACAUGGUCUCUAAAGUUCAGGCUUCAAGAAUGGAUGACCAAAGAUGCUCUCUACCUCAAAUAACAAAAAAGGACAUGAAUACAUCUGCUUUAGGCCCUCCACGUUCAGCCUCCUUCAGCCCCAGCUCAGAAAUAGAACGACCAAAGAAUAAAGACACAACAUCUCCAAAACAGAGCCUAAAUCCAGCUGAGCAGGAAGGUUUUUUUAAUCUAAUGAGUCAUUCACAACGUGGUCGAAUGGAUGAGCAGCGAUGUGUCCUAAAUGUCAGUCCCCAGUCCAAGCCCAAACAGAAGUCCAGUGAGAGCACUGUGCCCAAAGGUCCUGAUUCUGACAAGUUUUUCAGCAUUUUGGCCAACUCUCAGGGCCGUCGGCUUGAUGACCAGCGAGCAGUUCUUCCUUCCUUGCCAGGAAUAAAGAAUGGAGGUCCCACUCCAAAAUCUACAGCUGCAGAGAAGGACGCAAACCAGUUGUGUUACAUGGUCUCCAAAGUCCAGGGCUCAAGAAUGGAUGAACAGCGAUGUUCUGCCCCUCAAAUCCUGCAGAAUCUGGGUACCCCUUCAACUCAGCGUAAAGAUAAUCCCAUUUCACUCUUGUCUGAUAAACCUCCCCAGAGGUCUUCCUCCUUUAACACUACCAAAACUGACCAGCAAGUUCAGGUGAGAGUUCAUGUUGCGUUAUAGAAAGCAUAUGGGCGGCUGUGGCUCAGUUGGUAGAGUUGUCAUCUCUCAACCGAAAGGUUGAGGGUCCGAUCCCCCUGCUGGGCAACAUGUCCGAUGUGUAGUUGGGCAAGACACAACCCCGAAUUGCUCCCGCUGCUAAGGUGGUGGUGUAUG